AUGUUGGCAGAGGGUUUUGUGCCAAAUAUUGUCUUGUAUACCUUUCUUAUCAAUCAUUUUCUGAAGAUGGGAGAGUUUAAAUAUGCCUUCAGACUAAUUGAUUUGAUGUUUAGAAGUCAGAUCGAAGCUGACCUUGUCUUGCACAUUGCUUGGAUUAGUGGUGUUUGCAGAAAUAUCUUUGGCACCAAGAAAAGAUGGUACAUGACAAACAGAAUGUCUACAAGGGCUAGAAAACUGCUAUUUAAUUUGCUCCAUCAAAAAGUUUCCUUGCCUGGAGAAGAUGUUUUUAGUGUUUCUGCUUGUUUUUUAGGGAAUAAAAGACUUAGCAUUGAAGCUCAUGCGGAAAAUAAAAGAACAGGGUUUAUGCCCAACCUUUACCUCUAUAAUGUCACUGUCUCCGGAUUUUGCGGGGUAAAUUUGAUAGAGGAUGCUUACCAUCAACUUAGACUGAUGCAAGAAGAGGGUCUACUUCCAAAUGAAGUGACUUUCACAAUUCUCAUUGGUGCACAUGGCAGGGCUGGUGAAAUUGAUCGGGCUAUUGGAUUGUUUAAUAGGAUGAAUGCAGAUGGUUGCAGCACCCCUGACAGAUGUGCAUACAACACUUUACUGAAAUCACUUUGCAGGUCUGGUAGAGAAUUAGAUGCUUUAUCUCUUGUGCAUACAAUGAGCAAGAGGGGCUUCUUUCCAAACAGGCUGGCUUAUGAAAAAUCACACCAUUAUUUUUGUGCUGGUCACAUGAGCAUUCCUGCCUUCAGGAUAUUUGAAGAAAUGGUUGCUUGCAAUCUUGUGCCUUGUCUGUAUAGAUGUAACUUGCUGCUUUAUAUCUUAUGUGAAGAAAAGAAACUCCACGAAGCUUAUAGGGCGAGUGAUGUGAUGUUUGAGAGAGGAUUUCUACCCGACGAGUCAGUAAUGAGGUUUCUAGUUGAAACAUCUGAUAAACACCCCCUGCUUCUUGUGAUCCAUGUUCUGAACAAAUAUGAACAGCCCGCUCUUUCUCAGUAGAUUUCGACUUUCACCAGUCUCUCACAAGUCUGCAGAAAUACUCUUUAUGGCUCUGCUUGCUUUGAUCCACCUUGGUCACUUUUCAAGUUUCUGUUCGCAGGAGAUCCCACUGUCUCCUAUGAAAUCACAAUCUCUUACAGCAGUUCCUGCUCUCUGGGAGUUCACCAUCAGGUUUUCUUUUAUCUUUCCUUCUUCCUGUAGACUCGACCUCCUUCUCUCUGGGUCAUGCACUGACUGGUAGAAUAUUUAUAAAGUUACCUUUUUGUUGAA